AUAACUCAAAACUCUUAUAUAAAUGAAGCACGCCUUAAAUUAUCAAAACUUGUCCUAAAGCUCACUUCGUUUUCUUUAUAAUUUUUCAGGUCGACCAUGGACGCCUUCUUUCAACCAACAGGCCUUUGUCUAUCUCAAGAUCAAACUGGAAACCCUUAUUCUUGGAGUUCAUCUUUAAAUUAUACUUUCUCCAAUACAGAUGACCAAAUUAAUCAUUUCGACAUCGAUGUUAUGUUGCAUAAUUGCCAUAAUCUUUAUCCUAAUAAUAAUAACCCUAACCCUAAUCUUCCCCAGUUCAUCGAUCCACCAAGUUAUCAAGAUUCUAGUUCUUCGAAUUUUCCAGCAUAUAUUAGCACCAAUGAGCAGACUCCAAUCUUGCUUGAAAUGACCACAGCUGCCAACGCUUCGGAAAGCUCAGAUAUUUCUGCGUAUGCCACUUGCACGCCACAAGCAAACCUUUUUCACAGUGAUAUGUGCAAUGGAGAAAGGUUGCAUGAUGGAACAAAGAUUGCAUUUCGUGUAAGAACCGAGCUUGAGGUGCUGGAUGAUGGGUAUAGAUGGAGGAAGUAUGGCAAGAAGAAAGUUAAAAGCAGUCCUAAUCUAAGGAACUACUACAAAUGCUACACGGCAGGCUGCAAGGUCAAAAAAAGAGUAGAGCGGGAUCGAAAUGAUUCAAGAUAUGUGAUAGCAACCUACAUUGGGAGGCAUAACCACCGCGCUCAAUCCACGAUCCCUUGCAAUCCUACUGGCGUAUGGACAUUGCAAUUCACGUGAGGAAAGCCACAUCCAUUCAUGAUAAAUAUUGAAAGCAUAUGCAUGGCAUGCGUGUAAAUUUAUACAUGUUGCGGAGUGAUGAAACUUGGUCGAUGAUUUGUCCUCCUAAUUAAACAAUAAGUUAUCCAUGAUUACAAGCGUCAGUAAUUUAUCAUAUAAAUUCAGAAAAUAAAUGUUGAACAUGGAUGUAAAAGAACCAGGUAUCAUUAAUAGAAUUUUUUUUAUUGAAAUAGUA